GAAACAGAAUUGUCACCCAAUUGAGACACAUCCAUCCGGCCACUACACAGCUAGGUGUUAUUUCACUCGCCCCUCGGGGGUGGAAUUUUGCCGGGAAGCGAGUUUACCAGGACGCGCAGCAAUUGGAGCCGAGAGCAAAUCAUCCACACCGAAUAAUCACACCAUCGAACGAACCGGUGCCGGUGCUGCAAAACCAACGCCAAAAUGCUGGUCGCGUUGAAUUUGAAACAGAAAUUUCUGACACUAUGCGGCAUCACAGCUGCCGCCGUAGCCGCGUCAUUAGUGAUCGGACAAAGAUUGAUACCGCAGUCGAUACUGACCGGUGUCGUUUUUUACCUAAUUUCCGGCGAUAGACCCUCGGCCGUGUACGCCAGCAUCGUGUCGCUGCCGCGAGACCUACGGACAGCAGUUAUCUUUCUGAAGCUUAAUGUAAGCCUUUACCGAUACGAACGCGCUGGUGCGACGGUGGUACAAAUCUUCGAGAGUGUCGUUGCGCGCCACCCGAACAAGGUAGCGUUCCUGAUGGACGAUGGUCAGCUUACGUUCGCACAGGUGAAGCAGCUAGCCGACCGUAUUGCGGCCCACUUUUACGCCAAGGGUUUCCGGAAGGGCGACACGAUUGCGCUGCUGAUGGAGACCCGGCUCGAGUAUCCUUGCAUUUGGCUCGGUCUGUCGAAGGUUGGCAUCGUGACGGCGCUGAUCAAUUCGAACCUGCGGAAGGAAACGCUGCGUCACUCGAUAACGGUGGCGAAUUCGAAGGCAAUCAUCGUGAGCUCGGAGCUGGCCGGAGCGAUCGCCGAAAUAAACGAGCAGGAAGGCAUAAAAGGCUUACCGGUACAUCUAUUCCGCACCGACGGUGCCGACACCAGCAGUAGUGACCCAUUGCCAGAUGCCGAAGAUUUAAGGCUCAGCGUGGAUAGUGGCAGCAGUAGCUCAAACGUAGAUUUAAGCGGUAUCCCGAAUGAUAUAUCACCGAAAGAUAAAUUGGUUUACAUCUAUACGUCCGGCACGACCGGUAUGCCGAAGGCGGCCGUCAUCACCAACCUGAGGUACACGUUCAUGGCCCUCGGAUGCUAUUACAUGCUGAGCUUCCGCGAUGACGACAUCAUUUAUAAUUCAUUGCCACUAUACCAUUCGGCCGGCGGUAUGAUCGGUGUCGGUAGCGUGCUGCUGUGCGGUGUGACAGCGGCUUUACGCAAGAAGUUCUCCGCCUCAAACUUCUGGACGGACUGUAUCCGGUACAAGUGCACGGUGGCUCAAUAUAUCGGUGAAAUAUGUCGCUUCGUACUGAUGACACCACAGAAACCAACAGACACACAGCACAGCGUGCGGCUCAUGUUUGGCAACGGUUUGCGGCCCCAGAUCUGGCCCCAGUUUGUGUCGCGCUUUAACAUUAAGCAAAUCGGAGAAUUUUACGGUUCUACGGAAGGUAACUCAAACUUGUUAAACAUCGAUAACACGAUGGGAGCCGUUGGUUUCGUUCCCAACUUUGCCAAAGCUAUAUACCCCGUAACGUUGAUAAGGUGUGAUGAAGAGACGGGUGAAAUUAUCCGUGGCCCGAAUGGUUUCUGCAUAAAGUGUAAACCGGGCGAGCCGGGCGUGUUUGUUGGUAAGAUCAACCCCAAGAAAGCAUUGAACUCGUUUGUUGGGUACGCAGAUAAGGCGGCGUCGGAGAAGAAGGUAUUGCACGACGUGUUCCGUAAGGGAGACAUCUUCUUCAACUCGGGUGAUAUUUUGGUACAAGAUCUGCUCGGAAAUUAUUAUUUCAAGGACCGAACGGGUGACACAUUCAGAUGGCGCGGUGAAAACGUUGCUACAUCGGAGGUAGAAGGAGUUAUCACAACGAUCGUGGGCUUAAAAGAUUGUGCCGUUUACGGUGUGGAUAUCCCCGAAACUGAAGGUAAAGCCGGUAUGGCCGCGAUCGUUGACCCGGAGGGUAAGGUGGAUAUGGAGCAGUUGGCUGCUGGAAUUCGGGCCAGUCUACCUGCAUACGCUAGGCCGCUCUUUAUACGUGUGCUCUCCGAAGUGCCGAUGACGACAACGUUCAAGCUAAAGAAGCGAGACCUUCAGGUGGACGGGUACGAUCUGAACAAGAUUAAAGAUCCUAUUUACUUCCUGCAAAGCAAUGGCACGUAUCGAUUGUUUACGGCGGAUGAUCACGCAACUAUAAGCAGUGGUAAAGCGAGACUAUGAGCAAAAAAGCGGUACGGCGCAAGCUAGCGGCAAAGGGGCAUGUGAAGCGCUAGCAAUUCCAUAAAAUGUUGUGUUUACGUAGAAGUCUUGUUGUCUAGGUAUGUUAGUAUUUGUUGUUUUAUUUUUCAUGUACGAUCAUCCAAAACCAAAAACUAAGGAAAAAAUGACUGAAAUUACUAACCGAAAAUACUGAUGCCUAAGCUACACAAUCUCGAUGGAGGCAGGAGAUCUGACCAUGUUUCCAUGGUACGAACAUUGCAUUUGUAAUUUGCUCUCGAUUUAGCAACUACUAAGAAAUCUUAAUCAAUAGGCAAUAAAGUAGGUUUCUAUAUCACUAUGCGAAAUGUGUAGAAAAGAUGAUUUUAAUUGAUUUAGAAAUCAGCUUUGCUUCGGCGGAAGAUGAUCUGCUGAUUGUCGAUCCGAAAAUGUACAUUCCUUCAGGACUUACUGAGAUCUGGAAUUUGGUAACAAGGUAU